UCUUUGGAAUUUAAGCUUGUGUUUCCAGAAGUUGCGAGAUGCGGGUGUGAUUGUUAAAUUAGUACUAAAGUCUGAUUGAAGUCAGUAGUUUAGCGAAAAUAAUUUUUGAAGGAGUUUCGUUGUUUGCUGUACAGACUGUGAUAUAGAUUGUGUCACCAUCUAAUUCUUAAUUUUCGAGGACCCUCUCAGCGUCUACCGGUCACUCGAAAUGGCUAAGUGGGGUGAAGGUGAUCCCCGAUGGAUUGUUGAAGAACGACCAGAUGCAACAAAUGUCAACAACUGGCAUUGGACAGAAAAGAAUGCCUGCCAGUGGUCUGUUGAUAAACUCAAAGAAUUGUUGACAGGUCUGAAAAUUGAAAAUGCACUUGCUAAAUGUCGUAUAACAGAGGUGGAGAAAUGUGAGGGAGAAGCAGUAGCAAACAACAGAAAAGGGAAAUUAAUAUUUUUUUAUGAAUGGGAAUUGAAGCUAAAAUGGAAAGGUUGUCUUCUUGAUUCAAAGAACACAGAAAUAGAAGGCACGGCAGAAAUUCCUAAUUUGAGUGAAGAGUAUGAUGCAUCAGAAGUUGAUGUGGACUUCAGUGUAAAAACUCACAGUGUGGAGGCUGACAGACUGAAAGAAAUUAUCGCCAAAGAUGCAAGGGAUGUUAUUCGAAGUCAGUUGGCAAAAUAUAUAAAAGCAUUAAGGGAAGAAUUUGCUAAGGGCAUGAUACUGCCAAAGAAAGAGGAUGAGCAAGCAACAAAACAAGACAGCCUUGCUAGCUUAACUGCUGGUUUCAAAAGCAAGGUUCAAAUGGACAGUCCAAGCAAAGAAGGGUCAUCAAAGAAACUGAGCACAACUACUUUGACAAUGUCUGUGAAGCUCCAGUGCAGGAAGGAAGAAGUUUACAAUGCUCUCACAAGUAUUGAGCUAGUACAGGCUUUCACCAAUGGUCCUGUUGUGAUGGAAGUGAAACCUGGUGGAAAAUUCGAGCUCUUUGGUGGAAACAUACAUGGAGAAUUUUUGGAGUUGGUUCCUAAUGCUAAGAUCUGUCAGAAAUGGAGGUUCAAGGGAUGGCCCGAUGGUCAUUUCUCAGACGUCACAAUGGACAUAGAGGAGCUAUCGGACUGUACGGAGGUGAAACUGGUACAGAAGGAUGUGCCAGAAAGUGAAAUGGAUACUACUAAAGAAAACUGGAAUCGGUACUACUGGGAUGCUAUGAGGAAAACAUUUGGAUUUGGAGCAUUCUUCGUGUGACUGGUGGAUAUUAAUCACAAAGUUUGCAGGAGGAACUGACCAUUCAUGCAUUCUUUUUUUUAUUAUUUAAUCUUUAGAGACUCAUCAGUUGUGUGUUAAAUCUUGUGAGCAAUAAUAAAUGGUGCCCUGUUGUGUUGCGCUACAAUUUAUAUGAAACUAUUGCGAGUGUGUUAAGUUAUUGUUGCUUGAGGACAUUAUUAGUAUUUGUAUUUGGACUGGUUGGCUUGUAGGUUGCAGCCUUCUACGAGAAGAAAACAAAUGUUUUCAAAACGUACUGUUGUGUGUUUAAUUGUACUAUACGACAUUCAUCAUAAGAAUAAACCUCAUGUAGACAAUACACUAUGUAUUCUUCCACAUUUGGUGGAACUUCAUUGGAUUUCGUUUCACGUGGAAUUGAAGCCAAGCUGUCUAAAGUACAGUAGAGUACAAUAAUGAGGAUACAUUAUGUGCUGCGUGUUACGCAUACAUCGACUCGGUGAUAAUACGUGACAACAGCUUUACUGGCACAUUUAACAUGGACAGCACUGCCCAGCCACCUGGUCUGACUAACCUGCAGUGAUGUGAACAGUUGCAGUAAAGAUGUAAAAAGAGAUGAGCAGAGAACGAUGUAGGUUUGAAUGUCAUUUAAUUUUAAAACAGAAGGAAAUAAUGGUAAAACUCGAGCAAUACGCAUCUUAGGUGAUCUGAUGCUCACGAUCUUAGCAAACAUAGAAUUGUAAUUAAAAACAAGAGUGAUGAAAUUUCCUUACUUUAACAAGGGUAAUUUUUCUCCUUGAGCUAUGUGUGGUGUAAAAGCGUUCUGCUGGGAGUUAACGGUGUAGUUAAAUAUUGAAGCCACUGAAGGUAUUACUGUCAGUUGCCUGAUAAUCUAGAACUCCCUCCAUAUCAAACUCCAAGGAAUACAGUACUGCUACAUUGAUGAUCAGGUGAUCAGCAACAGAAUCUCAGGCCACCAAAAAGUCCCCAUGUCCUCCUACUCUUCUAUGAUGUUCUGUUCUGCAUUUUGCCAUCAUUUGGCAGCAACGUGUCAGGUAGCUUCGUCAAUUAAUUCUAGUACGUUUGGCAGCUUAAAUACCUUAUUUUUCACAACAAAUCCUUUAACUGAACUCCAGAUCAAUUCUAUUUAGCCCAGAUUGCAGUGUUAAGUUGACAACGGUUAAAAUGCAGCAUUUGUACAGUGUGGUAGUUGAUAUGAAAAUUGCUGUUUUCCAUGUUUCAAUGAUGCUUAUCACUCUGGCUUGUGAGAGACCACAUCUGUCCUACAAAACAAUGGGCAUAUUCAAACAAAGAAUAUCUGGUUUUUCAUUUUUCUAAAAAAAAAUUGAUUUUUUUUACUUCAACAAUAUUUAAAAAACUUUCAUAAAAUAUCGAUAAUUAAGAUUGUGCAUUUGCAAUGAAAACAAGAAUUUUGCAUGUGCUAUGUAAUUAGUAGGGACCAGAAAAUGUAGCACCUAUGUUUUGCAAAAUUCGCAUAUAUUUUUGUCGAGAUUUGCAACUGUUUUCUUUAUUUGUAAAUGAUUAGAGGCACAAAUUUAAAAGGCUGUUGUGCUACAUGAAUGAAGACAAAUUAUUAGUUCUUUAAAACUAUUAUUGAAAAAAGUGCUGAUUGGGGACUUUUUGACUGGAAUGUCUGUUUUUGCAAAAACUUGCACCUUUUUCUUCUGAAAUGAACUUUGCUUUCUUCGUUUGAGUGUAUUUAAGCUUUCAAAACUGGCUGUUCUGUUGAAAAGCAGCACCAUUUUCCCACCAGUUACAUGAAUGCAUCUCUGAGAUAAGUUGUUUCAGGACCUUAUUUGUCUUUUCCUGCCCAAUUUGAAGAUCGAAAAAUCUGCAGAUUACUAAUUUUGACCUUUUAUGGGCUUUCAUAGUCCUGCUUGACAAUCCCACAGCUAGAACUGGCAAAUACUUAGCUUAGAAAUAGAACUGAAAGAACAGCAACUCGAUUUUAGCAUUAGGGGAAGAAUUCCAGUGCCAUCAAAAAAGUUAUAGAUUUUGUUUCCCAGUCGCUAUAGUGCAGUGGGCAGGAGUUAUAGGCUAUAGUCACAGAUGGCCGCAAGCGUGAACUGAACACAAUGUUGCUCACCAAAUAGGGAGUGCUGGUGCUGGGAAACAAGCCCCGCCUCCAUUUCACUGGGCAGCAGCCUCCAACAGAACUGGCACAUUGUCAUAGGGAUGGCCCAAUCUCUUCUGGUGUUGUAAAGGUUGUAAUUGGAAGACCUGAUGGACCAGGAUUAGUCACUUCACCUAUUUCAAAAGAAGAAAAGAAAACGAUGAGCAACACUCAACACAAAGCAUUUGGGGACGGCUAUCGUGCAAUGGAUUGUUGAAGUGAGCAGAGUAUUGUUAACGAUGUAGUUCAGGCCCAAUCUCUAGUGGUAUUAGAUGCAACUACAGUUAAAAACAUCCGCCACCUAAUUUGCCACGUUAAAACUGUCCGCAUUAUACUGUCUUUCGAGCUAUAGGUAACAAAUGUGUACGUUUCUUUCUUGUAAAAUGCUAGGUCCCAUCACUGAGUACUACAUUGCAUUACGCGACGUGCCUUAAACAGACCAUUCAACCGCCCACAAUUGGCAUGCCAUCAGAACAUUGAGUGAGUUCAUACACUUCAUUUUGCAAGUACGUUCUUGCGCUCAUUACCUUCCCAAAUUGGGCUUAGCCAGAUGAUUUAAAAUGCCAGUAACUGCUUACAUUGCCCGUAUUAUAUGCAGAAAAUAAAACUAUUUCGAAGUAUCUCUGAUAAAUAGCUCAUGUGGUUUCAUUUCACUAUGAAACAGUUGAUUACAUAAUUUUGUGUUUUCACAUUUUGAGGCAGAGUUCACAUCUAUUUUGCAUUUAUCGUAAAAUGCAAAUUUUUCUGGUCCUUAGUAAUUAGAAAAUAAAAGACGUGCAUUUUUCUUGAAAAAAUGAUGGUUAAGGAUGAGUUAAUUACCCUAUAUUUGAUGAAUUUCAUAUUUAAAUGAUUUAGGUAUUCAAACUGAAGAAAAAGUUGUAGACCACAACAGGUUUUGAUCUGCUGCCAGCUAUGACGCUACUGAAUACACCACACAUAAAUUACUCUCCCUUAUAUUUAUUACAUAGUUUUUCACAAAAAACGUCGGCUGGAUUUUCUCUGUAAUCUUGUGAAAAACAUUAAGAGCUACUAGUUUCUAGCCAUUAAUGGUGUUUCAUACACAUUUCACUAUGAAGCAAGAAGCAGUGUAGCCCAUUUCCACGGUACAUACGAACGACGAUACAACCAGAGCACAAGUAGUGCUUACAGAUACUGUGACUGUACCUGAUUUUUGAAGUAAAAAUUGCAUAGCUAAAGUGCAAUUCAGAAAAAAACAUCCAUGGCUGUUAAUACAUCAGAAUGUCUUAGUUUCUUUUACAGUGGCAUAGUAAUAAGAUUUCUAAUACACAAGUUGGACCUACUUCGAAGAGUGAACAACGCUGGUGUAAGAGAGCUACGGCUGCUGACAAAUUGUCGCAUUUGUGUCUGUUUACAUCAGAUUUAUUCUUAUGAUGAAUGAAGUAUAGAUUAUUUCUGUUGUGUAAUGUUAUGUUUGCUGCCUUGCUGCUGGUGAUAACGUUCCAUUUGCAAGUACUUAAGUCAGUAAAAUGUUGGUAAGUGAUAAGAUGUUCCUCAAACACUAUACAGUGUAUAUUGUUUUGCCACAAUAUCUACAGUAGUUUUGUAUUAAUGUCUCAAAGUAUCUUCCAUGUCCUAGCCAAUGACGCUAACUUGAAGGAAUUUCCUUAAGAUGCAAAAAUGAUCAUGGGCAAAGGAAUGCAAACAUUGAACGUUUCACAAAUUGUACAAAACUUGAAAACCUGUAAUAAUACCUGUAAGGUAAUUUAAUACAGAUACAUGCGGUAAAUGAAAUAAACUGCUGGAGAAAAAGAUGUGGGUGAAUCAUAACUUGUUGAUUUGUAAAUGAUACAGGGUGUUGAUUUAUGAAGAAGAUCUAAAACAUCAGUCGUCCAAAAUGUGAAAGUUUUGAAAGCCAGAACAUACAUGUUCAAUUAUGUUUUAGAUAUUGACACAUUGCUACCUGCUCUCCCACCCCCUUCCCGUUUAUUACUGAAUGUGGUAUUAAAAUUCUUUGUUUAUGCCUUUUCUGUAGAAUUUAGGGUAGUAAAAUGUCGAAUUUAGAAUUAAA